AUAAAUAUUCAAAAUAUAGAAGAGAAUAAUGUACACUAUUCUGUGACAAGGUUACACAGAUAUUUUGGCAUUGUUGCUACAAAUUAGUAUGUGUGUUUGUGUGCGUAAGUCAGUCUGCUACGCUCGGUUUAGCUGUGUGGGUGCAUUUUUGAUUUUUGCCGACAACAUAUAAGAAAGUGACGACUAUAUAAAUGAGUUCAAGUGAAAAAGAGACCAUCAGCAAAUUACAAAAAACAUAAAACGCAAAUUUCUACGCUAAUUGUUGCAUUAACAACAUAAAUAUUAACAAAUUCUUAGCCGCAUUUAAACAUUACCGAAAACGGUCUAUGGUUAAGAAUGUCCAUGACGAAAUGAUCUGGCAGUGAAAAAGUGGAAAGCAAAACUGAUAUUCAGUUGCAGUGAGAGAAAAUCAAUUUUUUUGCCAUAGUGUCUGUGUGAAUAUAUACGGCUUUCCUUUGCUGCUUGUUGGCGUGUGAGUGUGUGUGUGUUCAAAAGAAAUGAGAUACACAGCGGUGUAAACUUUGGAAAUACGCAUAAAAAUGUAUUAUUUUCAUAAACGAAAAAGUCAAAAGAACAAAAAAACGCUUAAUUUUAAAUAAGGUUCAAGUUUUCCUAUUUUAGUGUUGAAAUGAUAAGUCGACAGUAGCAGCAAGCAGCAGUAAAAGUAACUCGUCAAAAAAUUGUAACAAGUACAAAAUACAAGAAAUAAAAGAUAAAACAAUCAACUACAAUUGAAGCAAACAAAAAAGGAAGAAAAAUCAAAAGAAGAGUUUAACUUUAAGAAAACGUUUUAAAAACCGCUUAAUAAAAAAGUUGUGAGUUUUUGCAAGUGCCCGAGCAGUCAGAUAACAAGUCGACGCGUUUUUUUUUACUUGUUUCUUGGCUAUAUAAAAAACGCCGCUGUCUACGUAGUCGUCGCUGUUUGUGCGCGCCGCAACUGAAUGAGCAUUUCAAGAUUGUUUUGUUUUUCUCGUGUGUGUUUUGCUGCCACCAUUCAUCAACAAAAACAACAUUAAACCUUAAUGAGAAUUAGGAAAAUGAGGAGCUGUUAUAUAGUUGUUGUUAAAAUCUAUGAACUAUGACGCAUCAAUCACAUCAGACAAACGGCGCAAGUUUGGAGGAUUGCCAUACUAACUUUUUUGCCUUGACUGAUUUAUGCGGAAUAAAAUGGCGCAAAUUUGUUAACAGCGAGCGGCCAAAUGCAUCCAGUGAUCCGCUGGAUGAUCCAAUUCUACGCUCAUAUUCGCGAUGCAUGCAAGCUGACAUACUUUGUGUUUGGCGUCGAGUUCAGUCCACUCGCCAGGACAACUCAGAUCCAAAUAACUUCGAUGUUGUUAAUACUUCCAAGGUGCAUCCGCCAUUAUCGUUAGCUGCUGCCAAAGAAUUAUGGCUAUUUUGGUAUGGCGAAGAACCUGACCUUACCGAUUUAGUGGAUGCCGACUUGUUGAAAGUAGCCGGAAAUCAAAUGCUAUGGAAUGGCACUUGGGAACGAGGUCUUACAUACGAAUGCCGUUCCUUACUCUUCAAGGCGCUACAUAACCUUAUGGAAAGAUUUGUGCUGACUAAGGACAUUGUGCGUUUUGGCAAAUGGUUUGUGCAACCUUGUACAUCAAAUGAACGAAUAUUUGGAAGAAGCUCACAACAUUUGUCAUUCUCUUUUACAUUCUUUGUGCAUGGUGACACUGUUUGUGCAUCGAUUGAUUUGAGAGAACACCCAGCAGUUCGUCCAUUAACCAAAGAACAUUUAGCAGAGGCAGCAGCAGCUUUUGCUGCGGCUGCUUCUAAUGCCAAUUCCCCAGAACAAACAUCACCAAAUUCGCCAAAUGGAGGUGGUGAAGGCGUUAAAGAAAAUGCCGCCGCCGGUACCACCAUUGCAGCAAACAAUGCAAAAUGCAAUAGCUUAACAAACAAUAACAUCAACGGUAGCGGCAACGGCAACACUAAUAACAACGCCAAUACCAGUGGUAAUAGUAAUGGUGGACAUCUGAAACCAAGAAAGGUGAUAUUGGCCCCAUUUGGUAUGGCUGCUACUCUAACGGGUAACAGUUAUAAAGAAAAUGAUCCAAUGGCUGAAAAAAUUCUCGAGGAUUGGGUAUCAUUUUUCCCAUUGUGCAAUAAAGAGAAUAACGAUGUACCACCGGUCGUUGAAGUUAUAGCUGGUGGUCAUAAAAUGUACCAUCCUUCCAUUUAUGUACUAGUCACUGAUUUGGAUGAUAUGGAGGAAAUGGAGGAAAUGGAAGCUGUUGCAUCACAAAAAUCAUCUUUAGGCUCUUCAUCAUCUGCCGGAGCGGCGGCUAUUGCCGCACUCUCCUCUGCCGCUAAUCAAGGAGGAGGAGGAGGAACAAAUGACGCCUCAAACAUUGAGGCAAAACCACCUCUGGUGGAAAAUGUUGGCAAUAGCAAACUGUCAGCUUCUGCCUCAGCUAAUAAUAAUACCACAUCAACUACCAAAUCUUCUUUAGCACAUAUGAUUGAGCGGCUAAAGAUUGAUCACACUAAAGUUCAACCGUAUUAUGACACACAAACGCGAAAUUUCACCUGCAACACAACUAAUACUCAUGCUCCGCCCCAGGCUGCAUGCGAAAUGCCUGAGAGAGCUUGGCAGGAUUGUAUCACAAAUUCAUUACACAUAGAACACACAUUGAAUGAUACAAUCUUAUCUUCCACCACCUCAACAUCAUCAUCGUCCCUAGCUCCAACGAAUACCAAUACCAACACAACCACCAGCGCCUCGCCAAAUAACACAAAUACAACGAGUGGUGGUGGCAGCGGUAAUGAGAAUACCUCUGCGAACAAUGCCGAAGGUUCUGCUGAUCAAACGGAUUCAAACAAUGCUGAUAUUAAACCGAAUCUAACAGCAAAUGUAUCUCAGAAACAGCAGCAGCAGCAACAAACCUGGGGUUUUAUUGAUCCCACACAAAAAGCACCAUGUAUAUGCACAAAAACCACUCAGGCGGCUUCUUCGGGACAAACACCAGGCAAUGGUACCCCAUUGCAAGGCGGAGUAUCCAGCUACUCGCGUAAUUCCAUGAUGGAUUGCAUGCCAAUACCUUCGGUAGGAUCGCCGGGAACACCAGCACCUUCGCCACAUCCAAAUUCGGCAUUGUCCCAACCAACUUCCGUACCACCCGCAGACCAAAUGUUAAUGAGUCCCCGUGCUCCCACAUCUGUACCGAAUUUGCAGCAGCCAACAACUCCAAUUGAUCAUCUAUUGGAUAAGAAUACACCAGCGCCUACACCCACAGAUCAGCACGAUAACAAAAGUAUAACAGCUUCGCCCUAUGUACAUCCAGCACCCAGUUGUGAGGCUCCUCUUUCUGUUGAAGGCAUGCAUGGCAUGGGAGGUGGCAUGGGACCUGGUAGUGUUGGACCUCAACCACCGAGUGUGGGGCGUUGUACGCCUACUAUUCACCCGCAGCAGUCGUCGCUACCUCCCCAGGCCCAGCAAUGUGGUUCGAUUUCAGUAAAAAAGUUCGAUGUGCAACCUGGAACGCCGCUGCUAUUAGGGGCUAGCAGCAAUAAUUGCUCUUCCGUCGUACAAGGCGGCCUACCUCCAUCGGAUAGUAAAAUGGAAUCUGUUGUCAUGCCUACCAGCGCAGCCACAGCAUUGCCAAAUAACAACUUCAAUAAAUACAACACGGUACAAUCGGCUGCAAAUGCUAUGAACGAGUUUUGGAAACUGUACAAACCUCCACAGAUUACUGUCAAGGACAUUGAUACGUUUGCAAAUGAUGAUUGCCUCAAGCUGGAUGUUCUUUAUGAUUUCACUAUACAAAAUGCUUGGGCAAAUCAUCCUGUCAAACGUUUCAAACCCAAUGAAAUCUCUAAGCAAUGUCGUGUACUACGCACAAAAACUCUUUAUGAGGGACACACGCACAUAAAGCCCCUAAUGCCUUCACCGCGUUCCAUAUAUGGAGAUCGAUUACUAGCAAUUGAUCCAACAGCGGCCGCCUUGGCAUCGGCGACGGGAAGUAAAUCAAAUAUGGAAGGUAUUGGGGUUAGCGGUAUGGGAAGCGGUGGUCUGGUUGGCAUUGCUUCCAACGCAAUGGGAAAUAAUCAAAUGACCAACAACAGCAACAUCAAUGAUACGCCCAGCGUAAAUAUUGGAAAUAGUGAAACUGCUGCCGGUGGGAGUAUUUUUGAAGAGUUGGAUAUUAAAACCGAAGUUGCUUCGGCUGUGGGUGCUUCAUCGACAUCACCUUGCAAAGAUUCAAAAAGUGGUAUUGGUGGGAAUCUAUUUACUGUGGAAGGUCUUAAUCCAUCGCCCAAUGACUUGGAGCAAUUGUUUGAGACAUCCUCAAACGAUGAAUGCGGGAGCGUUCAAAUACAUACUCCACCAGACUCCAAUAAUCCCUCUAAUGGAUGUGCUAUUACAACCAACACCAUUGAAGAGCUGAAACGUUCCACUAAUUCGGUUUUGGUUGGAGCAGCCGUUAGUGUCCAAGGCAGCAAUGCUGCCGUCAUUGCUGCUAUACAAAAUUGUAACAACGUUUCAAAUACGACCAAUACGUCUGGACUGGCUUCAUUGAAUAAUAGUGCGGGUAGUAUGUCUGGCGUUGGAGGUGGGAAUUCUGGCGCCAAUACAAUACAAGUUGAAGAUCUAACGAAAAUGUUUCCCACGCCACCAUCACAUGAACAACAUCAUCCGAAUUCCAGCCCAUGCCAAAUGGAUAUACAAAUGAACGACAUAUCUGUGAUAACACCCGCAAAUAUGCUGAGCCAAACGCUGGACACCGGUUUGGGUAUAAGCGCCAUGGUAAAGGUUAAACAGGAGUAUUCAGUUGAGUUGGGAAGUCCAGUCGAGCAGCCAAUAGAGGAUUGGUCCUAUGUUUUUAAGCCGCCAGCACAAGCAAAGUUUGAGGGUUCAUCAAAAUAUGCUCCAUUGACAAAUUUGCCAAGUCAGUCCUUGGCUCCUUUGGUAAUGCCCACAAAUUGUCGAUAUAAGCCUUCUUGGCAGCAGCCGCGAAAUACUCACCAACAACAACAACAACAACAACAACAGCAGCAGCACCAACAACAUAUGCAGCAGCAACAGCAACAACAACAGCAUCUUCAGCAACAGCAACAUCACCAGCAAUUACACGAAUUACUUUCCGCAGCACCACGAACACCUUUGCAACAACCCCGUACACCAUUGGGCCCAAUGUCCUCAUCACCCAUGCACACUACGGUGCCUACUCCACUAAGUAGUGGCGGUGGCGGUGUAGGCGGAAGUAGUCUUUUGCUGAACCAGUUGAAUUGCCCACAAGCUGCCUUGACGAAUACUCCGCCAACAAUGCAGCAAUUAAUGCAACGCACCGGCAUGUCACCGAUUUCACCGGCCAACCACGUACCCUUCCCACACACAAGUCCCAUGAUGCAGCAGCAUAGACAAACACCCAUACAUCCCCCGCCACCCUACGAAGUUGCCGUAGCCAGUCCCGCCUUAUCAACGGCUUCAUCGACGCCAGCAUAUCUCAAUAAACAAUAUCAUUCACAAGAACCUCCACAAACACCACAAAGCGUAAACAACCAUAUGCAGACAAUAGGUGGUCCACCCAGCGUUCAGGGCAAUAAUAGAGAUGCGUCCAAUUCGGGUUUCUAUGCGCCAACUAACAAUACUAAUUCCAUUCUUCAAGAGCUGCCAGAAGUUAGUUCGGUAAUUGUCAAUAUCCUCCUGUACGAUACCGCUUUGAACGUUUUUCGAGACCAUAACUUCGACAGCAGUACCGUAUGUGUGUGCAAUGCGGAUAAUCAACGUAUUGGAAAUAUACGGGGCUCCGAUUCGGGUGUAUAUGUUCCUCUGCCGGGAACAACAUUCAAUCCAACAUCACCUUCUUUGUCGACGUCCAAUGCAUUACGUGCUUUAAGUGCCUUUGGUUCGGUGGUAGGAUCAUGUGGUAUUGCCGGCGGGGCUCUGGGAGCAGUUGGUGGCAUUGCCAAUUCACUGGAUUCUCCCGCAUCAAUAGCUGGAGCUGGCUCCAGUUCUUCAACAACACCGUCGACAGCUACUCCCGCCAACAAUAAUGCUCAGCAGUAUAUAACCGGUUAUGUAGAUGACGACGCUGUCGAGUGUACUUGCGGCUUCAGUGCCGUCAUCAAUCGUCGUUUAGCUGGCAAGGCAGGUCUCUUCUAUGAGGAUGAAAUGGAGAUAACUGGCAUAGCCGAAGAUCCCGGACGUCAUAAGAAACAUUCCCUGCUGACUUUAAUAACCACCUUAACCUCCAAAGCGAACAACAACAACAACAAUUCCAACGCAAACAAUAACAAUGCCAUCUCCAACGCCAGCAGCAGCAUUAUAGACAAAUCGUCAGAACAGAUUGCGUUCGCAAUAUUUGAUCUGCUACUGGAACAAUGUUCCAUCAUACAAACAUCUAGCAGUGCCAUUCACCGUGCAUUGCAACGCCAUCGCAGAAAGCUGUCGAAAAAGUCGCAAAAGCCCCAAUCUGUAGCGGCAAUUGUAAAUAUUUUGGAAUACAUCGACGCAAAUGAUAUUGUUGCAUUGGCUUUGGAGCAGGCCCGCCUUGCCUUUGACAGUAACCGUAUGGACAUAAUGGAGCAGCAAAUGGUAUCGUUCUCAUCACAUCGAAAAACAUCCAAUAACAUACAAGUGGCUUUGGCUCUGACAGGGCGCCUAAAUGUGCAUAAAUGGCCUUAUAUACCCGUCGGAUUCUCCCGUAGCAAUAAAGACAUUGUUUCCACAAUGAAAUCCAUUCAACCUAUGCUACAAAAUGCAUUCCAUGCCAAAUCUCGCACCGCUGCCGGUUCCAGAGAUGCCACGUAUACAGUAAGUGGUCCUCUUACAUGGCGGCAAUUUCAUCGUCUCGCUGGUCGAGCAUCUGGCCAAUGUGAGCCACAGCCCAUACCAUCGGUUAUUGUGGGUCACGACAAAGAUUGGAUAUCGGUGGCGCCUCUGGCCAUUCAUUACUGGGACAAAUUCUUAUUGGAACCAUAUUCCUAUGCCCGCGAUGUUGUUUACUUGGUGAUAGCGCCGGACAACGAUUUCAUUCUAAGCAAAACAAAAACCUAUUUUAAGGAGCUAAGUACCACCUAUGAAAUGUGCAAACUAGGACGACACACGCCAAUUUGUGGCUGGAAUGGUCUGUUAAGUGUUCAACAAAGACCUGCGUCAGAAAAGCCCUUUACUACAUCGAUGGAUAAUUGGCUAAAAACUCUGGAAGAUAGCAAAUUGGCCGAGGAGAUGCGUUUGUAUGCAUAUGCUUUCCAGCAUCAAUUGGCUCCUUAUCUCAGCAGGGUACCAAACGAUAAGACUUUACUUAAUCCACCGGAGAACCACAGCAGAUGCAAUCAAGGUUACAGUACAUCAACGUCAGCAUCAUCAGCAUUUUCGUCCUCAUCGACGUCCACAGCGUCAUCGUCCUUUAUGUCGGGCGGAGGUAAUAACUCAAACACAACUGGAACCGACAAUGUACCGCACGGCACAAAUGCAUCAAGCGGAGAUCAUUCGCAACCUGCGGAUAAUAACGAACACUCGCAGCACGCUACAACAUCAAACAGUACAGAUUCGCAGACCAAUGCACCCGAGGCCAAACCAGCUGACAUUAAGCCCGAUGUAAAACCUCCCCUAAUACUAGGAGAUCCAUUGGGAGUGGCCGAGUGUUUGGAGGAAGUAAAUCCCUCCGCUAUAGUUCUCUAUGUUGUCGAACCGUUUACAUUCCGCUCCGAUUCCCCCGAACUGGAACGAAUAGCUUGCAUUGCACUGCUGCGAAUGUAUACAGAAUUGUUGAAGAUGAUACCCGACUCUGUUAGAUCUCACAUAAAUAUACAAAUAAUAUCUUUGGAAUCCAUACUAGAACUUGGACGGUCGAGAAAUCGAAAACGAUUCUCCGACGAAAUUAAAUGUCUAGCCCUAAAUAUAUUCUCGCAAUGCAAACGCCAUAUGGUGCAUGCCCAGGCAGUUAAGAGUUUGACUGGUUUUGGUACGGCAGCCAAUGUGGAAGCUUUCCUCAAGACCAAAGAUGAUAAGAAUAGAAAGGCAUACAAAAUGUACACUCCGCCCUAUAUUCUGGCGCCAAUGCAUGAGAAAAAUGAAAAAACCGAUUUCUCUCGCGCUGCCUGGGGCGGCAUGCGCGGUAGUCCAAACGAUCAAAAGUAUUCGGUCAUGUACUGUAACUAUUGUCUAAGCGAAGAUCAGUCCUGGCUACUGGCCACCGUAACGGACGAUCGUGGUGAAAUGUUGGAAAAAGUGUGCAUUAACAUCGAUGUGCCUAAUAGAACUAGACGACGUCGAGCUCCAGCCCGCCGAAUCGGCCUCAACAAACUAAUGGAUUAUAUAUUGGGUCUCAUAUCGCAAACAACACAAACAUGGCGUUUGGUUGUUGGUCGAAUAGGACGCAUUGGCCACAAUGAAUUGAAGUCAUGGUCAUAUUUGUUGGGAAAACAAAAUUUACAAAAGGCCACCAAACAACUAAGAGAUAUGUGCAAACAAUGUCAAUUGAUAAAUCCACCUACAAUUCUGAGUGCCUGUUUGGUAACCUUGGAACCAGAUGCAAAAUUGCGAGUAAUGCCAGACCAAUUUACACCCGAUGAGAGAUUUUCUAUACAAAAUCCCUUGUCGACACCUCAGGAUGUAACAUGUACUCAUAUUUUGGUGUUUCCCACAAGUGCCGUAUGCUUGUCAUUCACACGCCAAUUCCCCAAUGAACCCCAAGUGGACCUCGACGAGGAUUUCAUUAACUUUGGCAAUGAUGAAGACGAGAACGAGGUCUUUAAAGACGCCGAUUUGGAUGAUUUGCUAGGAACAUGGGAUAACGGUGGAACAGGACGUGGCAUGUCCAAUCAUAAUAGUCCCGAUCGCAUGGAAGACAAUCGUAGUUGGCAAAGUGUUGGAGGCAAUAACUUUAAUUCGAACCAACAUCAGGAUAUUGAAGAGGUUGGUCAAAUAAAUCAACAACCGUUAGCAGUGGGUUAUAUGGUUUCUACAGCACCUACCGGUCGAAUGCCAGCAUGGUUUUGGUCAGCUUGUCCACAUCUCGAAGACGUGUGUCCGGUAUUUUUAAAAACCGCCUUACAUUUACAUGUACCGAACAUACAAAUCACUGACGAUAUACUCAAUUCAACAAAUGCCCAUUCUUCGGCUACCGAUCAUCCACUGGACUCAACACUGACAGCUGAUGUGUUGCGUUAUGUCCUCGAAGGCUAUAAUGCACUAUCGUGGUUGGCCCUAGACUCGAAUACCCAUGAUCGUUUAUCAUGUUUGCCCAUCAAUGUGCAAACACUGAUGGACCUGUACUAUUUGACAGCAGCAAUUACUUAAAUAGGAACCGAGUGAGAGGGAGAAACAAAAAGCAUGAACGAACUCUUUGUGUACACACUUACACUUACAUAUACUAUAUACAUAUUUAUUUAUAUUGCAUUUUGUAUUUAUUUUCAAUGGUUAUAUUUCUUAUUUUUUGAAUGCCAAUGUUUUACGCAUUAUGUUAAAUUUUAAUCUGUUCUUUUGUUAGAAAAGCUUCCUUUUCUACAAUUAUCAUUUUUGUACCACACACAACAACAACAAUCAUAUUCUGUUUUAAUUUCUGUGAUAAUCAGGAAAAUGGGAUUCAAACAGGAAAUGCGAAAACUUUUUUCUUAUGCAUUAAUUUAAUAACGAAGUUUCUUCUUCUUAAUUCUCCUAAAAUCUACGCCCCCAGCGCCAAGUGCUAGUUUAUUUUAAUUAUAUUGGUAUGUACAUAUUUUGUUAAAUGGUGGGUUGGUGGGUGUGUGGGUGUUGAAAUUUUUUACAUUAAUACACUAGCGCCCCCACUCCAUUAACCCGUCGUCAUUGUAUAUGAACGCCUAGAAAUAUAUUUGAAAACAAAAAAAAAAAAAAACGUUAUGAGAACAACUCUGUUAAUGUUUUAUAUGCUUCCCAUGUGUUUUUUCGAAUUUUAUUGGGCUUCCAAUUGAAUUCCAUGUAUAUUGAAGACCAGACUCGUGACUUCACUUAUAUAAGUUGAUGAAGAUGGUGGCAGGAACAUCAUGCCGCCCUCCUCUCGCACUAAUGAUGUGUUUUUAAAUUUCAGUUUAUCAUUUUAUUCCACACAUUUGAUGUUUGUUAAAAUUUUGUAAUAUUAUGAAUUGUACAGUGAUAUACAUAUACAACAAAAUUAAAUCUAAAAAAGCAAUGGCCAUUGUAAUACAAAUAUUAUAAAAGUAUAUAACAGGGUUGCACAAAAUUAAAAUUACCUUUACACUGGCGUUCAUCACCAAUUCGCACAUUCACUUGUUCUCUUUGUUUCAGUCCUUGUUGAUAUAGCAACGAGUGAAACAAAAAAGGGAAAGCGCAUACGCAGCAUUUUUCUGUUUCAAUUUAAGAGUUAUGAUAAAAGAAAGCCCUCAAUCAUACAGUUAAAUAAAUUAAUUUUUACCGAUAAAGAUAUACAAAUUCCUAGAGAGGACUUUUCAUUUUGAUUUUGUGCAUCUCUGGUGUAUAACCAAUCACACACACACACAUUAAUGUGGAGAAAAUUGAAAAGAAUUUCAAGCAAAUGCAUUGAUGUAUAAACUUUUUUAUUUCCCUCUGCCAAAAUGUAGCCUGGCAAAAGGAAUAAGCAAACGACCAUACAUUUUUUUAAGUUAUUGUCCCUAAUGUGUAAAAAAAAAAUCACAAUUGUAAUUAUAGAAAUAAUAUAUUCUCUUUCAGAUUUUUUUUUACAAUAUUGGUUAACAAUACCAAAAUUUUUCUGUUCAAUUAAUUUUUUGGUUACCAUUUCGGUUCCCAAUCAUAUACAAUAAUUUACUUAACACUUGCCUAUGAAAGUUGAAAACCCCACUUCUAGCGAACAAAUGAGAAACAGUAAGCCAGCCAGGCAGCCCCACACACACACUUGAAUUAAAGUGUGCAGACUUCCUUGCGAGCGCCAUUUUGUAAAAUAUCUCUCAAACCUUUUCAUACUUCGCUGUUAAUACCAAAUAACUUUAACGCAUUGCUCGGUUAGACUGAAAUUGAGAAAUGUCAAAUGAAAUGCAGGAAAAAACUUAACCUUUAGGUGUGGCUCGGCCCUCCAAAUUUAACAAGCCCUUGAGUAUAAAUAAACAAAUAUUGCGAUGCAGGGAACUUUAUAACAACCAAUAUUUGGCACUCAAUAGACACUUAUGAAAAACACUCAAUAGGCACUUAUGUUUGUUUCGCAUGCUACAACAAAUAUUAGUUACAUAUAACUUAAAAAUUAAGUUAUAACUUAGGUUGUAACUUAAAAAUUUAAGUAAUAAUUUAAUUUUUAAGUGGAAUGCGAAACAAAAAAUAAAUCUUCUAUUGAGGGUUUUUUUCAUAACUGUCUAUUGAGUGCCAUAUAUUGGGACUUAUGCAGUACGUCGAAUGCGAAUAGAGCGCUCUCUAAUCGUCAUGUCUUUUCAUUUGUGUUGUACUUUUUUUAUAUACAUGUAUGUAUGUUCGAUGAAAUAAAAACACGAUUUAAUCGAAAAGGUUGCAUAUUUAUUGCAAAAUCCAUUUGUCAUGUUAAAUUUUUCGUACGUAUCACACAAUGUGCACAACUUUUAGCGUUGCUGUUUUUCAAAUUGCAUAUAUGUCUUAUCGGAGGCCACCGUAGCACAGAGGUUUGCAUGCCCGCUUAUGACGUUGAACGCCUGGGUUCGAAUCCUGGCGAGACCAUCAGAAAAAAUUUUCAACAUUUGUGAAGUAGUAUGCCAUGUAAAACUUCUCUCCAAAGAGGUUUCGCACUGCGGCACGCCGUUCGCAUUCGGUUAUAAAAAGGAGGCCCCUUAACAUUGAGCUUAAACUUGAAUCGCACUGCACUCAUUGAUAUGUGAGAAGUUUGCCCCUGCUUCUUAAGGGAGUGUUCAUGGUCAAAAUUUGCAAUAUAUAUGUCUUAUCGUCUAAUGACAGCUUAAACUGGUAUACAGGGGGUCAUUUACCGUAUACGUGAACGAGUAAAAUCGAUCGAAAUCUCUACUGUUAAUUAUGCACAUCUUUAUUUUUUAGAAGAGCAUAUUUUAAAUCUAAGAACGCGGGUGAUUAAAACGAUCAAAUUUAUAAAAAAAAAAUUACAUUAGAUUGUGUACAAAGCUGUGUAAAAUCCAUUAAAUUCGAUACGAAAUGCAAUUUGAAACGAAAGCGCACUCAAUAACGUAUGCGGUAAUAAGGCCUCGAGAGUAGCUGACAGAUAACGGUUUACAUUCCGUCUAUUUUGCCUAUGAAUCCAUUCACAAUAACUUUGCAUAUUGCCAUCAUCACAGAUCAUUUCAAACUAAAAACAUUAACCACAAUUCAAAAUGAGACAAUGUGGCGAAAAUGCUGCAUUCCAUGUCUUCUAUUAUUCUCACCUAAAGGCUGGUACUACGUUCUUUUUUGCGGAAAAGUUUCCGAAAAUCGUUCUUUCGGUGGUUUGACAAGGUUACCACAUUUGAUAUUUUGCCAUUUACAUAUAAAAAUUAAUAUGACAUCAAACAAUUUAUCAGCUGCUUACGUGCAUGUGAACACACAAAUGUGAGUGUGUGGGUCGUAUUGAAAUUCAUGUAUGUGUUGUAAUUUUAACCAAAACCAACCCCUUCGUAAUUAAUAUAUAAUGAAACACAAAAGAAUUUAAAAAGACAAAUUCAGCAUUUAUUUGUAAAAAUAAUUAGAUUUUGUAGUAUUUUCACUGUUAUAAGCCAACUUUUGAAAAGCCUUUGUCAGCAUCUUACACUUUUACGUUGUAAUUGCAGACCAAAAGCACAACACAUUCUUUCACAAUCCUUUUUAUUUGGUACAGAUUCAUUGAGUUGCUUGCUAUAAAAGAAAUUUUUAUUUUUCUUUCGAGUAUAUGUAUAUUAAAAAAAACUGUUAUUUAGGCAUCCACAAACACUUUAUUUUUUCCCACCCAGAGUAAAUACAUGUGAGCAACAAACACUCAGUUACAAUUACAAGUUUGGCGAUGGGGUUUAUUUUGCGUAAGAAUAUGACUUGUUGCACAGCGACUGUGUUUGUGCUCUUAAUUAGCUAUAUGAAAAAACAAGUUAUGACGAAACGAACACAUUUCGGCAAAUUUUUCCGUUUGUUUUUUUUUAUGGGGAGUUUCAAAGCGAAAACCGAAUAUAGUACCGGCCUUAACACUUGCAAAAGCGAUGAACGCAUAGCGAAUGGUAUGAAUAUUCUCCCUGUCGAACGAUUGAUCGUCCUAUGCUUUUAUGUGAUUAUUUUUUUUUUUUUGUGAAAGAAAGAAAUAUGAAAAAAAUACUAGUUCAUAUUUUAUCAACUAGAAUUGUUUCACCCACUCUCUGGUUUUUACCACAUUUUUACUACCAUUUUUCUUCGUACUACUCCAAAAAAGCAACGAAUGUUUGGGGAAUGGGGUGAAUAGUUUUUUAUUUUAAGUGUGACAUCUAUAUUUCAUUGCUUGAAAUGUAACGGUAUUACAAAGUUUGUCAAGAAGCAAUCGUCAAAAACAAUGAAUGAAUUUAACGUAACAGUAAUAGUUGCUGUUGUUGAAUGCAAGUCAAAGGCAAUGAACAUAUGAAAGCACAAUAAAAGUGAAUGGUUUUAUUCUGUUCUAUAGUAGCUGACCCAAAUAUUACCAAUUCAAAACAACAAUUUUUUUUUUGAAAUAUUUAUUCAGUCUUAUGGGUCGAUUACGGAUUGCAACCGAAUUUGUUUAAGAAUUUUUGAUAUGGAAGGUAUAUCUUAACAUGGACCAAUUUGGCUCAUAAUAUACAAUCCCAACCGUCCUACAUAAAUCGAUGACAAGGAUUAAUGAACAUUUUUGAGAACUCUACUACACUACUUGCAUGCUUUUGCCCAGACAGACUAUUCUUUAGUGGAAAGUCUAAAAAUACGGUACCUUUAUAGCACUAGUGUCAGUUUUAUCAACAGAAUACAUAAAUCAUCAACAGAGAAUUGUAUAGAUUUCUUAGGAGCAUUUCGAGUAAGCUCUAACAAGUGAGAAAAAAAUCAAAUUCUAAGUGCACAAAUGAAAUUGUUAACGUUCGAGUUUGUACAUUCUUUGAUUAUACAUACUCUUGAAUUUAUCAAAAAAAAAAAGCUUUCCAAAAAGCAUAACCUUGUCUUCUUAAAUCGAAAUAAUUGCAACUUUUGCCUAUAAACACUCUCCAUUUUGUCAAUUUCUGCGUGGUUUCUUUCAAGUCAAAAGUUUCAAUCAUAGCAACUAUGCUGUUACAAUACGGAAACCGUUGCGAUUUUAAAGUUAGCCAGCAGCUGCAGGCACUUUUGUGUUGGCAUAUGGCAAAACUAGGGCAAUCCGGAUGUAAACCAAUUAUCUGUUAAUCUAACUUAACAUUCUGUACUGCAGCUACUCUCUAAAUUGCCAAAUUAACCGUUCUCAGGGACUACCUUCUACUUGCAAGCAAAACUUUGAAUCAGUUUUAAGAGUAGGCAAACCAGAGCCAUUGUUAAUUUAGAUCUGUAGAUGAUUAGUUCAAAUAGUAUGGUAUAAAUUGAGAUUAUUGCGCGAAAAUCCAGCAACUUUUCAUAACUUUUGAUUAUAAGAGUUGUGAAAAAAACAAAGAAAUUAAUCUCAAGUUGUUUUUAAGGACAAAGAAAAAGUGAAACCAUAAUGAAAUACAUAUCUAAACAUGUUGGUUUAAGUGAAUAUGGAACAAUGUUAUGAAAGGAUUCGUUUAUCAUUUCAGAUCAGUUUUAAUAUUAACCGAACAAUUUUUUAAAAAGUCUCAUAGAGUGUACUCUUCGUUCUAGUCACUUACUCUUUAUACUUCCAUAAUACUCGGUUUCAUCCCUUCGGUUUUUGCAAUCACUUUAAUUUCAUAUAACAUAGUGUUUUAUUUUUAAUUUCACAACUUAAAUAAAAAAGUUAUUUUAUUUCAAUGCAUUUGCUUGAUAAUCUACAGUGAAAUUAUUGUAUCUAUUUGUAAAUAAUUAUAUUUAUAUAUACAUAAUUUAAUUAUUUUGAAAAAUUAUAAGUUCAAUUCUGGAAGCAGCAUCCAAACUAAAACUUUUGGAUAUUUCAUAAUUUUCUAAUUUUGUUUUUGUUCGAAAAACCAUUCAACACGCAUUUACUUGAUUUCAUUUUUCCUUUCACCUAUAGAAACAUAUGAAAUGAAACGGCUAGUGAUUAAGAUUGCUAGACGCCUACCUCUCAAUCUAACCUAACCUAAAAAAAACUUCUAAGCUUUCAUUUCAUGAAAAACAAUGAAAUUUUUAAACCGUUAUUCAUGUGAUAAACUCAAAUUGUGACUAGGAGCGAAAGUGAAACAAAAAACAAUCACUCAUAAGUCGGGGUACAACACACUGCUACAACAACAACUCUUGAGCCAUUGCAAAAAUAUAUUUUUGGCAGUUAAAAAAUUGUUACGCCUCACAAACUUUUCAUAUGCUCACCACCAUACGUUGAAAAUCAAUAUUUUGAUAAGUUGCCAACUAAGUGAUUUUGACAUGCAGUUGGCAAGGCAUUGAAUUACCGAUUUCUGCUAUGUGCUUAAAACUGCCGUCACACAGUGGGAUAGCAGAAAAUGGAAUAUCAAAAAUAUCUGCGGUUUGAUGAGAACGGGUAGAAAUAACUCUUUGAAAUUUUGAACGGUUAGUAUGAGGUGUUAACGUGUUCAAGGCCCUAGGAGGACUGGGCGCUCUUGGCAGGUCCCUAAAGUUGGCCACUAUGGUAUUUAGAAAAUGUGUUCGGGCUGUAAAAUCUUCAUUUGUGUAUUUCCAAAAUUCCUAUUCCUGCAAUAUUCUUUCGACUUUAAUUUAUUUUUGGUGUUGAAUUUUUGUAUUUACAAAGGCAUUUUCGCUUCGAUUUUGAUUCCGAUGCACCUGAAUUUUUGUUUUUAGAAAACUAAAAUUUUUCCCUUUUUGUUUUGUUUUAACACAUUCAUUCAAUAGUAGUGGAAAAAUUUCAGCUCAAAAGUUUUCAAAGAGUUAUCUCCACCCGUCAUCAAACAGCAGAUUUUUUAUUCGAUCGAUUCUAUCCCAUUGUGCGUCUUUUGAAUGUUCACAAAUAAGCUCUGGCAGAUUUUUUUUAACUAGCUUUUUUUUCGAUUCUAACCCAUUGUGCGUCAUUUGAUUGUUCCCAAAUAAGCUCUGGCGGUUAUUUUAUAGAAAUCGUCUACAGAAUCCAUGGUAUACAAGGUUUCUCCCAGUCACAACUGAAGUCCAUGUUGUUAGGUUGAAUGGUUAGCCCAAUAAAAUAGUACGAUGAGUUCAAGGAGGCCCGUUUGACCGAUUGAAAAAUUUCACCAAAAUUUUUUUUAAUUAUGAAUUUAAUUGAUUAUAAUAAAACAUUCAAUGAAUUAGUUGAUUCAUUUAUACAAUUAAUUUAAUCGGAAAUUGUUUCCAAACAAAAAUGUAAUAGAAAUUCUUUAAAAAACUAAAUUUAUAAGUGAAUCUAAAUAUUUAAAUUAAAAUUGAAAAGUUGCAAAAUUUUCAAUCAUUAUACCAUAGGAUGGAGUAUACUAAUUUCGUCAUUCUGUUCGUAACUCCUCGAAAUAUACGGCUGAGACCCCAUAAAGUAUAUAUAUUCUUGAUCGUCAUGUCAUUUUAAGUCGAUCUAGCCAUGUCCGUCCGUCUGUGUGUCGAAAGUACGCUAACUCUCGAAGGAGUAAAGCUAGCCGCUUGAAAUUUUGCACAAAUACCUUUUAUUAGUGUAGGUCGGUUGCGAUUGUAUUGUAAAUGGGUCAAAUCGGUUCAUGUUUUGAUAUAGCUGGCAUAUAACCGAUCUUGAGUCUUGACUUCUUGGGCCACUAGAGGGCGCAAUUCUCGUCCGAUUUGAGUGAAAUUUUGCACGUGGUGUUUUGGUAUCAUGUGCGCUAAGUAUGGUUCAAAUCGGACCAUGUUUUGAUAUAGCUGCCUUAUAAACCGAUCUUGGGUCUUGACAUCUUGAGCCUCUAGAGGGCGCAAUUCUCAUCCAAUUUGGCUGAAAUUUUGCAUGAGAUGUUUUGUUAUGACUUCCAAUAACUGUGCUAAGCAUGAUUAAAAUCGGUACAUAACCUGAUAUAGCUGCCGUAUAAACCGAUCUGGGAUCUUGACUUCUUGAGCCUCUAGAGGCCGCAAUUCUCAUCCGAUUUGGCAGAAAUUUUGCACAACGGCUUCUCUAAUGACCUUCAACAUACGUGUCUUAUGUGGUCUGAAUCGAUCAAUAGCUUGAUACAGCUCCCAUAUAAACCUAUCUCCCGAUUUUGCUUCUUGCCCUACAAGGGGCAAUUCUUAUCCGAAUGGACUGAAAUAUUACCAAUCAUUUCAUUUAUGGUCCGCAUCGGACUAUUACUUGAUAUAUCUCCAAUAGCAGCUCCAACAGUUCUUAUUCAAUAUUCUUUGCUUGCCUAAAAAGAGAUACCUCUCAUAGAACUCGACAACUGCGAUCCAUGGUGGAAGGGAUAAAAGUUUCGGCCCGUCCGAACUUUGCAUGCUCUUACUUUUUUUUAUUCUGGAUCAAUUAAAAAAUUAAUCGAAAAAUUUGAAAAAAAUCAAUAUAUUUUUUUAAUUGAAUAUAUAAUAUUUUCAAUUGAAAAUUUUUAAAAUUAAUUUUUUUAAUGGUACUAUCAUGUUUGUGAUUAAUUUGCAGAAAAUAGGAAUAAAAAUCGAUUUUAAUCACGAUAUUAAAUGCUACAAUAAAUUUUUUAAUUACAACUGUAAAAAUCACAGUUUAAACUGUGAUUGAUACAGUUUUUAAAAAAGCUUAAUUAAAAAAACAUUUUAUAUUCAAUUAAGAAAAUGAUUGAUUUUUUUUUUUAAUUUUCGAUUAAUUUUCAAUUAAAAAAAAUUAUGGAAAAUGUUAACAAUUUUCAAUUUUGACAAAUUAUUCAUGGUGGAACCAAAUGUUAAAGAUUAGCCUAUUAUCAUAUUCCUAAUUUCUAGAUUCACUUAUGAAAAUAUCUGGAAAAAAAUUUUUUUCCAUAACAUUUUUAAUUGAAAACAAUUUUAGAUUCAAUAAAAAACUUGGUUAACUCGAUUAAUUUUUGAAAAAAAAAAUUUUUCCAUAACAUUUUUAAUUGAAAACCAUUUUAGAUUCAAUAAAAAACUUUGUUAACUCGAUUAAUUUUUGAAAACAUUUUAUUUUCAAUUUAAUUUUUCAUUGAAUAAAAUUUUAAUUUCGCAAUUAAAAACGAAGAGAAAAAAUUGUAAUACAAAAUUGAAAGGAAUUUCAGAAUUGCAGCCCUUAUGAUUUCCAUACAAAGAUAAAAAAAAAAUUGUAACUAAAAAUUAUAAUAAAAAAAACAAAUAAUAAUAAUAAAAACAUUAUUAUGAAUACUACUUUCGCAGUUAUAUAUAUUUAUCAAUGCUAUAGUAUCUAAAGAAAUAAUAUAUUAUCGUAUAUAAAAAUUAAAUUAUUUCAAUAAAUUAAAAAAAAAAGUUUAGUACAAUUAAGCCGAGAAAAUACAGUUUUAUAUAAGCUAGAAAUAGAAACUAAAAAUUAACAAAAAAAAAAACAAAAAACGCAAAAAAAUUCAAAGCAUCUGCUAAACAACUUGUGUUAUAAAUGCAAAAAUAAACAAACUAAAAAUAUUUAUAUAUAUACAUAUGUAAAUGCUAACAAUUAAGUGUUAACAUUUUAACUAAAGCAACUUUUUAGAAUAAAUUUAAGCAAUAAUUCUAAGUUAUUUUAUUUUUUUAUUAUAAUAAAGGUUUUUUUCUUUUGAAAAAUAGGUUAAAGUUAAAGAAAACAAAAAGAAAAAGAAAAAAAAGUUCGCUACAAAUAAAAAUAAUAUUAACUAUAAAUACUUACAUACUAAAAUCUAGUAUAUCAUUCUUGUUUUUUAUACUUAAAAACAAUAGAACAUUAGAAGAGAUCAUGUUUUUAUAUUAAAAAAAAAAACAAUAAACAAAUACUUAAGAAAAUAUCAAAAGUAUAAAAAUUUAUAUUAUUAUUGAAAGAAGCAAACAACCAACCAACCAACUUAAUAUUAAUGUGUCUCAUACUACAUUGUGUUUUUAGAUUUAAUUUCCUAUUGUUUUUUCCGUCUUCUGCUGUAAAUGUAUCAUCAUAUAUAUAUAUAUAUAUAUAUAUAUAUACAUAUAUAAAUAUAUUUUAAUUGUAGCAAAAUUUUGUUUUCAACUACAUGUCUUAUUUCUUUUUAUAAAUUUUCUUUUUAUAAGCCAAGCCUAGUAUAUUUAAUAUACAAAUCAUUUAUAUAUAUCUACAUACAGUUAAAAUAUAUAUGUACAUAUAACAAAAUUCAAAAGUAGAAUAUAGAGAAAAUCUAAAGAAUAUCGUCUUACUAUUAUUGUAUAAUUCUUUUGUUUUAAGUCAGCUAGCAAAAAGAGAGGAGUACGUACAUAUAUAAGUAAAAACAAAAUUAAAACAAAUUCAAAUUAUGUAUAAUGAAACCAUAUUUAUAAAUCAUUUGUUUGUUUUUUUUUUAAUAUUAAAUAUUGUGUUACACAUAGGCAUAUGUACAAACCAACCAACCAACCAUCAAAAGUAUGUAUAUGCAUAUACAAAUAAAUAAGUAUUUAAUUGUAACUCAGCCCUCAACCAAGCAACACAACAAAAAAUGUACAUAAUUAAAAAAAAACCGAAAAAACAUAAAAAAAUACAUGAUGGUAUCUCUCUCUAUCUACUUUUCUCGUCUCAUACUUCAUAAAAAAAAAAUUGCGCAUAGUUUUCAUUUUAUACAAACCAACAAACAAACAAAAGCACAUAUAAAAUAAUAAUAAAAAAAAUAAUUAUAAUUGAUUGUAUUAAUUACAAAUAAAAUAUUAUGUAUUGCA